AGGAGCCCAUGGAGCUGGCGGCAGCCGUGCUGGGCAACCUGUCCAGCGGCGGGGAGGAUGCAGGCGAUGGGGAGGAGGAUGCUGCAGGGUGGUCAGUGGCAGCGCUAGCAUCACAGGCACUGGCGUUGCUGCUCAUCUUCGCCCUCUCUGCGCUGGGCAACGGGGCGGUGGUACUGGUGAUCGCCCGGCACCGGCAGCUCCGCACAGUCACCAACGCCUUCGUGCUGUCAUUGUCGCUGUCGGAGCUGCUUGGAGCCUUGCUCUGCUUGCCCCUCGCCUUCGUCAGCCUGCUCAGCCACCCGCCCGGCGCGUGGCUCUUCGGGCAGCGUCUUUGCCUGGCCAGUGCUGCCCUCCACGCUGGGUUGGGCAUCGCCGCCACCCUCACCAUGGCUCUGCUCUCCUUCGACCGAUACUGCGCCAUCGUCCGCCAGCCCCGACACAAGAUGGGCCGACGACGUGCUGCCCAGCUCCUGGCCGCCGUCUGGCUGGCCGCCCUGGCCCUGGCUGGACCCUGGUAUGGGCUGGCAGGCGAGGGGCAACGGGAAGCCCAUCCCGGGGCGUACCGCUGCGUCUAUGUGUUGCCUUGGGGUUCCUCCCGGCUUGGGCCACCCUACGGAGCAGCUCUCAUCGUUCUCUGCUACCUCCUGCCCUUCGCCCUCAUGUGCUUCUGCCACUACAACAUCUGCCGUGCCGUGCGGCUGGCCGAGAGCCGCGUGCGGCCCCUCACCACCUACGGGCACCUGCUGCGGGCCUACGGAGAGAUGCGCACGGCUACCACCGUCCUCAUCAUGAUUGUCUCCAUCAUCUGCUGUUGGGGCCCCUACUGCAUCCUGGGGCUGGCUGCUGCUGCUGGCCACCUGCCCUUCUCGCCCACCAUGGACGCCGUAGCCAGCGGGAUGGCCUGGGCCAACGGUGCCAUCAAUCCCCUCAUCUAUGCUGCCCGCAACCCCAACAUCUCUGUGCUGCUGCGGCGCAGUCGUGAGGGUGGCUACAGGACUAGGAACAACGUGUCAGCCUACCUCUCGGUUCCGGGCUGCCACCUGGAACCACGGGGCCGCGGUGAUCGCGUCCGGGAACGCUACAUCAACCAGCAUAGUGGAGCCCCAGGCAGUGCCCUGUCCUCCUCUGGCCCAGCAAGUGGGGGAGAGGUGGCCAUGUGGGCCUGCAAGAACCCUGCAGUCCUCUUCUGUCGGGAUGGGCAGCCAGACACCAUCUCUGAGGCCACCUUGCAGGCCAAAGCGGACACCAUCGACACCAGUCUAUAAAGGGAUGGGGGUCCUGCAUGGAGGCAUGGGAGUCCAGAGUUGUCUCCCUGAGGAAAAGCAGGGAGCCCCGGAGAUUGGAGCCCUUUGGAGCCAGACUAUCACGAAAUUGGAGAGAUGGGACUGCGUGAGCCACAGUAUAGUUUCUUCUCCAUUGUGUGACCUCUGGUUUGGCAACCCAGUCACUGAGAAGCAAGAGCUCCACAGGGAAAGGAAGUCCCCCUUCCCUUUCAUCAGCCCUGACGCACUGGUGAUAGCCACCGAGCUCAGUCAGCACAAGAGUUUGACUGCAAGAAUGACACAGUGUUUGCUCCAGUCCUGGAGAUAGUGCCACAGUGGAGCUAGGAGACAGACACUCAAACACAGCCCAAACUGACUGUCUGAGCUGUUUGUUAAGUGCCAAAAAAAGCUACUGAAAUCCUAGCGCUGGCAGCUGGAACACACGCUGAAAACAACACACUGUGAAAACUGCAUCAUGGCAGGAAGAUGUUGCUUUAACCCAUUAUACGUGGAAGUGCUGACAGAAAGUCUUAGAUUGUAGGACAGGAUGAAAACCCAACCUAUUAACUUGAUUUUUUUUUAUCUUUUCAAACUCCCAAGCAUAACAAAACAGCAAUUGUUGUCAAAGGGAAGAGGUAUGAUACAGAGAGGGUGGGAAGGAAAAGAAGAUGAGACUUCAGUUGUCAGAAUUUCAGCUGCCUUUUCUUUUUUUAUAGGCACAAUCAGGUUAAAAUGAAUUUGAGAAAUGAGAGUUGUUGAAACAGACUGAAGAAAAGGGUGUGGGUGUAGACUAUGGUAUCACUGAGUUUGUGCACAGGGUGUAUGUUUUCUUUUUGAGCUCAUCCCAAGUGUCUCACAAGCGUUUAACUAUGUUUAGAGGAACCAUAAAAGACAGAGAGAAGCCAUACAGAAAACCCACAGCUUUUCACAGCAGUUCUUUGACCGCAAGCGAACACUACUGACUUGUUACAAGGGUAGGACAGGAAUUUCUUGCAUACCUGCCCUUCCGCAGUAAGGUAUGGCUACUGUGAAGAAAAAGGAGGGUUUGUGAAUGAUGACAUUAGAUUUAACUCUUACCUAGGUUGAAUCACAGAAUGGUUUGAGUUGGAAAGGACCUUAAAGAUCACCCUGUUCCACCCCUACUGCCAUGGGCAGGGACACCUCCCUCUGGAUCAGAUUGCUCAAAGCCUCAUCCAGCCUGGCUUUGAACACCUCCAGGAAUGGGGCAGCCACAACUUCCCUGGGGAAACUGUCCCAAUGGCUGAUCAUGAUCACAGGAGAUAAUUUCUUCUUAGUGUCUCACCCAAAUCUUCCCUCUCAGCUUAAACUCAUUCCCCCUUGUCCUACCCCUGCACUCCCUGAGAAAGAGCCCCUCCCUAGCUUUCCUGUAGCCCCUUCCAGUAUUGGAAGGCUGCUGUUAGGUUUGCCUGAAGCCUUUUCUCUUCCAGGCAGAACAAGGCCAGCUCUCUCAGCCUGUUCUUGUAGAAGAGGUUCUCCAGCCCUUGGAUCAUCUUAGUGGCCUCCUCUGGACCGGCUCUAACAGGUCCGUGUCCUUCCUGUGCUGAGAACUGAACUUCCCAACUCCAGAACUGAACUCAGUACUCCAGGUGAGUUCUCACCAGAGCAGAGUAUAGGCGGGCAGGUAGUAACAAGGAGUUUGUUGCUGACUAAUUUGCCAUACAGAGCACAUGGCGUUUGAACAGCUUCAAGGGCUUCUGCCUGAGUCCCACUAGUCAUUGGCUUGUGUAAGCCAGUGUGUAAGUUUGUCCUUAUGUCUAGCUCCAUGUGUUCAUCCAGCAGAAGGAGAUGUGAGGUUUACCUCACUGUUCUACCUGAUCUCUGAAAACUCCACUCAUAGUGGCAGCUGCUUGUUCCCAGUAGGAAAACAAUGUGGAUGGGUCUCCUGGCCAAGCCACUGUGGAGACAUCAGCUCCAUGCCUCUUACAUACUCACGCUAGUGUCAACCCACAUAGAAAUCCUCUUUCUUUGGGCUGAAGGAAAAUUCAGUAGUUAGCAAGACAAUGAGGUUUUAGACACUGCAAAACUAGCUUGGACGCUCCAACCCUCCAGACGUGGCUCUGCGAUACUGCUUUCCUUCUUCCUCCCUUGCAGUGGGCCUGCAUGCAAGGUGAGCUGCAAUCUCCUUUGCACAAGGGCUCUGCAAAGGAUGUCAGGGCACUUUUCAGUACUCCAAUUCAAAAAUCACGUGAAUUAUUCAGUGCAAGGUAUUUGGCACAAGAGAGACAGCAGUUCACAUGAUUUGAAGACCAGUACAGCCCUGGAUACAGGUGACAACAUUAGCCAAAGCCAAACAAAAACUUGAUCCUUGGGUUUUUUAGUCCCUUGUCAACCUUCCAGCAUACUUACCCUCUGUGCGAGUGCCAUGCUAUCUGGCAAUGAUACACAAGACACUGAUACCACUAAUGCAUUGUAUAUUGGAAAGGAAACUUUGUCUUGCUGAAAAUCAAGUGUUUUGGAAGGUACUGUUCCAGCUGAACUGAGUGCUAGUUUUGCUGUUGAUUUAAUUAUCAGAUUUAUUCAAGCCAUUAGUUUCUACUCCCUUCCUAAUCUCUGGAUGAAUUCUCAAAUCAAAGCAAAUGCUUUGCGCUUAACUUACGAAGUAUGAAAAUUAGCAGUUUAUAAGGGACAGCCUGAUGGGCUGUAAUAGCUGACUAAUCAAUGACCAGAACCAGAAUAGCCCACAGGCAUGAGGUCCACCCUCCCUGCUUCUCUUUCAGCACUGGUGUUGGCUUGCACAUCCAGCAGAUGCCAGCAGAGACCUGAGUAGCCAGCACAGCCUUUCAGCUACUGUUUCAAGAAAAUCCGCCUUCUCAUAAUGACAUCAACCACCCCGCCUUCAGGACUGCUGCAAUCCAAGUAAAAACAUUCAGAACAAGUGUUGAGAGCAAUGCAGUGCAAGCCCUAAAUGUACCUCUCUGAAACCUAAUUUUAAAGAUGGGUUGAGUAGUCGUCAUUAAACUCAACACGUGAUGAUCUUUGGGAGGCUUGUCGUAGAGUCUGAAAUGAAUAAUUUGGAUAGCACAUCAGAGAAGUAGCAUUUUGUGUGAUGCUGGAUAAUAUCUGUGCUUCAUGCUCUCCAAAGCUGCAGCCCAGAUGCCUGGUGAGAUCAGUCCUGAUGCUUGCAGGGCACUUAGUUCAGCGGCAGAGCUUCCUCUUCCCUCUGACUGCAUUUGUGUUUUCACAUGGUGACUCUGGUUAUUAAUAAUCGGUGCACCUCUAGAUCUGCUUGCAAAGCAUUGCACAGGCACAAGGUAGUAACUAAUUGCCAGAAGAAUGAAAUGGUCCCAAAUCCUGCAGGAGUUGUCAUCAGCAAUGAGAUUGUUAAGGGAAAUGAGAAAAUAUGAUAAGUAUAUCUAUGUAAGACUUAGAUACUAUUGAUAGUUGAUAGUAAUAGAGUAUUGUAUUAGGAAUAUAAUAAGAACAGCUGUUGGAAAUCAAUCUAUAUGACAACUACAAGAAUACUGCUCAAUUGUCCCAUUUGCAGCCCCAGUCCAGCUGAAUCAACAGAUUAUACAAGAAAUGUCAGACUUAGAACAUAGGUAUUAGAUCUGAUGAUAAAUGAUGAUAAAAAGUCAACUUAGUUUUCAGGAUAGACAUAGACUAGAUAUAAGUUCCAGUGCCAUCAGGCACUGGCAGAGGCUGCCCAGGCAGGUGGUUGAGUCCCCAUCCCUGGAGAUAUUUGAAAGAUGGGCAGACGAGGUGCUCAGGGACAUGGUUUAGUGGCAGAUAGGAAUGGUGGGUCUUGAUGAUCCAAGAGGAUUUUUUCCAACCUGGUGAUUCUAUUAUUCUAAGUUAAUGGAACAGCUUGAGGUUUUUCUUUGAAGUUUAAAGGUGAAUAGAUGUGUUUCGAGAAAGAAGAUAAGUGACUUAAUACGAGCGGAGGAGGAAUAUGACCUGCUGAAGCAUCACUUCUGAGGGAGAACAAAAAUGAGACAGUGGAGAUGAAUUAUCAGGGUGGACUUCUGUGGACUUUUGAGUUAAUGAAGAAUAGAGAACUAGGAGCACAAGGAAGAACACCAAGAACUUUUUGAAGAAAACACCUAUUGUAUAAUGCUAUGUCAAAAUACAUAAAUAUCUGGUGGUGUUUU